AUGGUACUUGCCGAGGUGACGCCAACGACCAAGCUGGAGGACUUUGUUGAAAAACGGAAACGGCUCGACGAAGAGUACCUCGACUUGCUCACGAAAAUAACGGCGCUUGAGGCCGAAGAGGUAGCUGCACAACGGAAACGACGAGAUGAAGCUCGCGAGCGUAUUAAUCGGGUGAUACUGGCCAUCGAGGAAGCCCUUCGGAACGAGGAGCUGGCGUACAUCGACCAAGAGGCCACGGCGAAGCUCAAUGACCCAGUGCGCUUGGUCAUUCGACGCGUGCCGCGGUCACUUCCGGUGGAGCAGAGGCCGCCGAAUGCGACGCUCUUGUCGCGUCCGGCGAAUACCGGGGUGGACUUUACGCGGAUUCCGCCCACCAAUGACUAUCGGCGGAGGAUCAAACAGCCUGUUUUUCUGAACCACUUCCGGGAACGGGCUCGCAAAAACAUGUACGCGAGUUUGGAUGCCUUCCUCGCCGACGUGCGUCUCAUGCGUGACAACACACUAGCGUACAACCAGGAUCCAGCGGAGAACUGGGUGUGUCAGCACGCCGAGCUUCUUCUAGAGGCAGCCGAGGAGAGGGCGCUGGAAUAUCGCGCCGAAGUUGCUGCCUACGAGGAGCAAGCUGCCGCUGCGGACGCGAGGCUAAAAGAACUUGAAGUUCAUAUUCAGCAGCGCGAACGUCUUCUUCGACCACACCUACACCCGAAUACGGAUAUCGAGGUCUUCUACGCGCCACUGCGUGCCUGGAUGGGGUGCACGAUUCUGCGUAUGGAUGAGGGCACUGGACUCUAUGAGGUGUUUUUCCCAGAGACGCAGUCCAGUGAGAUGCUCAACCUCGAGCGUGGCGGCACACGCUGGCGACCAGCUCGUGUCGGUGUUCCGAAACCGAACGGGCCUGCGCAUGGGCGAACGGGCACCGACGGGAAACAUCAGACAGCAGCGGGUACGAUUGCUGGUGCCGGACCACUCCAGGCCAGUGGCGAAGCCCAGACCACCCAGAGCGCAACCUCUCAUCCAACGGGGGCUGCUCCAAGCGGUGCAGCCGGUCGACGAAGACAGGUGCAUACCGGACUGGUCGCUGGCGAGGAAGUGAGUGGUGCGCCCGGUUCUGGUGCUGGUGCUGGUGCUGGUCGGAGCUCACGCCCGGUGCCAAAGUCUGCGCCCGUGUCGGUUGCGGCGGUAACACCGGCAGACCUGCAAGCCUUGAAAACUGAAAUUCUCGCACGCAUUGACGCUGUUGCUGCCUCGAUACUAAGCAAGCUCGAUAGUAAUGCUGAAGCGCUUUCGCAUGUAACAGCGGGAAAACGCUCCGAGUCUCGUCGUCGUUGA